GUAUACGACGAAGUGACCGAGCACAUGGGAAGGUAACCUCCCAGUUGGGAGUCCGAGUGCUGUGAUGGUUGCAUCGGUGACAACCUGGCUACGCUCUUCCUGGGGGACACCGAAGCCUGUGAUGUGGACUUUCUCUUGGCACCGUCGAGACCCGUAAAUGCCAAAUUACCUAUUUACGUGUGUGUGAAUUGUUAGCAUUCCUCUUCGCCGCUGACUACGCGCAGCUGCAUAUCUCCCUCCCUUUCUCGAAGAACCAUAUAAAACAAAAGUGUGUGUAUAUUGUUGCUAUCCUCUUCGACGCUGAUACGCGCUGCCUCGGCUCUCGGAAAACAAGGAAGUGUUGGGGGGAGGGGGAAAUACUGAUGCCAAAUUCGCACUUCUCGGCGCCACCAUCACCACCUGAGGACUCGUAAGGGAUGACGGUCACCUACACCAGGCAUGUCGCAACCUGCAAAGGCUUCGGCUGCUUCUGGAAACUCCUUGUUAGAUGGAAGGGGAGUAUCUACAAGCUGAUUUGGCCGGAGCUGAUUCUCUACACAAUCUUGUACUACACGGCUAGUUUCAUCUACAGAUUCGCGCUGAACGACUUCCAUAAAAGAAAAUUCGAGAAGCUGACGAUCCACUGCCAGCGCUUCGUCGACUUAAUCCCCGUGUCCUUCGUCCUCGGCUUCUACGUCAACAUCGUCAUCCAACGUUGGUGGGAUCAGUACAAGACGAUCCCGUGGCCGGAUUCGCUGUCCGUCUUCGCGUCGACUUGCAUCCAUGGACAUGACAAACGGAGCAAGUUAAUGAGAAGAACGAUUGUGCGCUACGCCAACCUGUCUAUGCUAAUUACCUUCACCAUGAUCUCUCCAGCUGUUAAGAAAAGGUUUCCAACGAGGGAGCACCUUGUAGAAACAGGUAUGGUGACGGAGAACGAGAAGAAGAUCUUCGACGACCUGGACGAAAAGGCGAGUCACCCCAAGUAUUGGAUGCCCCUGGUGUGGGCGGGCAGCGUGGUGGCGCGGGCGCGGAAGGAGGGUAGGAUUCGAGACGACUUCGCGGUCAAGACGCUGGUUGACGAGAUAAACAGCGUCCGGGGGAAGUGCGGCCGACUUCUCAGCGUCGUCACCCUGGCUGUGUAUUCCUUCUGCCUCGGCACCGUCAUGGGGAGGCAAUUUCUGGACCCCAAGCUACAGAUUCCAGACCACGAUAUCGACUUCUACGUGCCGGUGUUCACGUACCUACAGUUCUUCUUCUACAUGGGGUGGUUGAAGGUUGCCGAGACGCUGGUCAAUCCUUUCGGUGAAGAUGACGAUGAUUUCGAGAUCAAUUGGCUGGUGGAUAGGAACCUCCAGGUCUCCUACCUCAUCGUGGACGAGAUGCACAACGAGCAUCCGGAUCUCAUCCAAGACAUGUACUGGGACGAAAUCUUCCCUCAAGAACUCCCUUACACCGUCGCCGCGGAACAGUAUCGGAAGGAGGCGCCGCAGGGGUCCACGUUCCACAUACAGGUUCCUGACGAAGAGCAGGAUUUCCUGCCGCUGGUCGACGAAGAGAAGGGCCAAUCACCCCAGAAGAAACCCUCAAGUGCCAAGUCGAUCCGAUCUCGCGUGGGUUCCGGUCUGUCGUCCCGGAAACCCUCGAUGCUCUCAAUGCUUCUGCAACGCGUACGUUCGGGGAGUCAAGAGAACACAAGGCGAAGAAGUACAAAAGGAUUUGGUAAGUUGGUUAUGUUAAUUUCUUUUUUUUGCAUAGUUUUUUUUUCCAUAUAGUACAGCUUUUUUUCCCUUUUCGUAAUCCGUUUUUUUCGUUUUUUUUAUGCUAGAUUUUCUUUUAUAAUGUAUCUUUUUUAAUUAUACAUUUUUAAUUAUAAUAUUUUUUCCAUGCUAUAUUUGUUUCGUACUAUAUUUUUCUUUUCGAUACUUCAAUAAUUUCUGAACCAAUAAAAUCAUCGCAUCAUAUCUGC